AACGGAAAGAGCUAAGGAUUGUGGGGUAGCGAACCCCGGGGCCGGAAGCAGUGGGCGUACCCGCCAGCUGUAGCUGUAACACGCAUGCGCUAAGCCGGGCCAACGUAGCCCGCCUUUACCUCCCCACUCAGCGUCCAGUCUCUUAGCAACGACUCCGGCUUCUUAGGAACUGCUCCUUUUUCAACCAUUCCUGCCCACAACGCCCCAGCUUGCUGCCAGCAAAGCCCCUCCACACCCCUCAAACUCCAGACCCUUCACAUCAAUUUACUAUUGCCUUCGACCUCACCCCAGCAAUUUUCUCUGAAUCGACCCCUUUUCCUUCUCUCCCAAGUCUCUGAGUUUCUCUCUCCUCCUGCCAUCCUGAGUUCUGCCAUCCUUAGGGGCCGCCCAGGCUGCUAGGCUCCUUUUCGUUCCUCUCCCGCCUCAGACCAGCAGCCUUUUAUUUUAGAUCAUGUCUGGAGCGAAGUCAGCCCAGGGUCCAGAGGAAGGGGGCGUCUGCAUCACUGAAGCCCUUAUCACUAAGCGGAACUUGACUUUCCCUGAAGAUGAGGAACUGUCAGAGAAGAUGCUGAAGUGCAGUGGCAUAAUCAUGGCACACUGCAGCCUCGACCUCCUGGGCUCAAGCAGUCCUCCUGCCUCAGCCUCCCAAAGUGCUGGGAGUACAGGGUUUCACACUCUUGAUGAACUGCAGACUGUCCGCCUGGACCGGGAGGGGAUUACUACUAUCAGGAACUUAGAAGGCCUCCAGAAUCUUCACAGUCUCUAUCUGCAAGGGAAUAAGAUCCAGCAAAUUGAGAACCUGGCUUGCAUCCCCUCCUUGCGCUUCCUGUCUCUGGCAGGAAACCAAAUCAGGCAGGUGGAAAACCUCCUCGACCUCCCAUGCCUCCAGUUUCUGGACCUUUCUGAGAACCUGAUAGAAACGUUGAAGCUGGAUGAGUUACCCCAGAGCCUUCUCAUCCUCAACCUGUCUGGAAACAGCUGCACCAACCAGGAUGGCUACCGCGAGCUGGUGACAGAAGCCCUGCCACUUCUCCUGGACCUGGAUGGGCAGCCUGUGAUGGAGCGCUGGAUUUCGGACGAGGAGGAUGAAGCCUCAAGCGAUGAGGAGUUCCCAGAGCUGAGUGGCCCAUUCUGCUCAGAACGAGGCUUCCUCAAGGAGCUGGAGCAGGAGCUGAGCAGGCACAGGGAGCACCGGCAACAGGCGGACCUGACAAAGCACCUGCUGAGGACGGAGAUGCAGCCCACCCUCACCGACCUGCCGCUGCUACCUGGGGUGCCCAUGGCUGGGGACAGCAGCCCUUCUGCCACUCCUGGGCAAGGGGAGGAGACAGUCCCUGAGGCCGUCUCCUCACCCCAGGCCUCCUCUCCCACCAAGAAACCAUGCAGUCUGAUCCCCAGGGGCCACCAAAGCUCUCUCUGGGGAAGGAAGGGGGCACGAGCAGCCACAGCCCCCAAGGCCUCUGUGGCUGAGGCCCCCAGCACAACCAAAACUACGGCCAAGAGAAGCAAGAAAUGAUUCUCUGUCAACCUUUCUCUACUAGUGGAGAGGAGUGGGGCCUGCCCCCCUUCUCAGACCUCUGACCUGUGACAGGAGCCCAUCCCCAGUAAAGUGUCUCUAGGCCCUGAAUAUGCUUUUCAUGUCACUUGGGGUAUCUCAGGGGAAGCAACCAGUGAAAGCUCCAGGAAACAACAUACAGAGCCCAGUGAGCCACCUGAUUCUAAA